AUGUUAUUUCUUUGAGAACAAUACUGUUUUUUUUUUCAUCAAUCCAUCGAACGUGUGGGUAUUACCUAUGUAGUAAGUAUAAAUAAUAAAGGAACACUUACGUAUAAAAGGAACGUAUCACGGCAUAUGAGCAUUAUUCGUCCACAACUCUUUAUCCUUAAAUAGGAAAAGCAAUUCUGACACAAUGAAGUGCAUCUACGUGUUGUCUGCUCUGCUGGUCUUUGCUGCUGUCCAGGCUGAGGACAAGUACAGCACGGAGAAUGAUGACCUGGACAUCGAUGCAGUGGUGGCUGACGUGGAUGCUCUCAGGGGAUUUGUAGGAUGCUUCAUGGACUCUGUGACCUGCCACGCUGUUGCUGCUGAUUUCAAAAAGGAUCUCCCCGAGGCGGUGGCGACGAGCUGCUCUAAAUGUACAGAAGCCCAGAAGCAUAUCUUCCACAGGUUCCUCCUUGGACUGAAGCAGAAGCUGCCUGCUGAUUACGAGGCCUUCAAGAAGAAGUUCGACCCUGAGGGUCAACACUUCCACGCUCUCGAGGCCAAUGUCUCCAACUCUUAAAGACCUUUAAUAAAGCACAGACUAUACAGCUUUCAUUAUGUAUUAUCAUCAUUCAAUUAAUUAAAAUAUGCGAGUUAUUUACAAGAAUUAUUUGAGAAAAUUUCAAAGAAUACGAGUCACAGUUUGACUUGAAACUGGUAGAGAUUUUCUCGAAAAGUUCGUGUUAUUAAUUCAAUUAAUUUAGUAUGUCUCAUGAUAGUCAUAUUAUACAUAAUUUUGUUGCCAUACUGUGAAACAAAUUAUUAUAAUAUUCUACAGAUAAAGGAUCAAAGUUGUCUAGUCUGUGUGAUACUUAAUACCUAAUGAGUAAGCUUAAUUCUUUUAAACCCGACCUUGUAAUAACUGCAGUAGUCUAUGUCAUAUGCAUUUAUUCUAAGCAAGGAUAAUGGAUUUACUCUCAAAGUUUUUGUCGUGUCUUCAUAGAAUAAGAACUAUAAAUUGUAUUUUAUUUUAUUUUAUCAUUAACGUUGAAGCAUAUCUAAUAACAAAAAGCGAAAGAUUGUAUGAUAAGAUGCAGUUAUAUUUUCAAUAAAAUCUCCGUAUGAUAUAA